UUGCUCCCUGGCUUGGCCUCGGCUCCUCUCUGCCGGGUGAGCUGUGGAGCCGGGCUCCUAGCAGCGGUGGAUGCGUAUAAGUAAGUGAAUAAAACCCUUUAACAGCUCUUAGGGAAUAGUUUUACCUACGUUCCCUGCAGACUGGUAAUUGUAACUUCUCCCUGCAGCUGCUUUUGUUGUUUGUAUUUAGCUCUUGUCGCAUGUGAAAUGUAAUUAUCGUACAAACUGCUGCCAGUCUUAACGCCUUUUAGAUCAUUGCCUAUUCCUGAUGUUUUAAGCUUUUACUCUAAUAUGAUGUCUUUUUUUUUUUUCUUUAAGAAGGCUAAGUCUCCGUAUAAUGGAUGCAUGUACAAGGAAAAUGGCACAGUUGUUGGACAAUGAUCAGUUUUUGGAAAAAGUGGGGGUAAGCACAAAAUCCUGUCUACUGAGCAACCACCCACCAUGGCAAGACUUUACCGUGACUGAUCUAGAACUAGAUAACGGACUGCUGGUUACACGCAUCAACCAGACACAUGAUCUGCUGAGAGUGCAAAUGAUGAAAAUGCAGUCUAAACAGGUGCAAACCACAGAAGAAUGGCUAAGAAACUACAGUUUAGAAGCCUUGCAAUUAACAUUACAGCAUCUAAUAAAUGAAGGCAGUGUUAUUUCGAAUUCAAGAAAUGCUAUUGAAGAGAGAGAGUUUACAGAAGAGACUGUUGUUAAUUUUGAGUCCAGGCUUUAUGAGGCAGUUGAACUUUAUCAGCAGCGAAUUCGGUGGCUGUUGGAGGACAGCAAAAAGGUUUUUGGCCUUAUAAAAGGAACUAAAGUUGGACUUGUGGUUGAUGUAUCUGGUAUGAGUUGCAGAUCGAGACUGCUGGAUUUUCAGAAAGAUCUUUUGUGCUUAAUAGAUGAGCAGCUGUGUCAUAAGAAGCAAUUGUACUGCCUUUCAUUCAGUACUGAAACUUCACCUCUGUGGGAAAGUCCAAAAAACAUCAAUGUCCAUGUGCUUCAUGAAGCAAGACAGUGGGUGCAACGCUUGGAGCCUGGUCGAGGCUGUAAUUUGCUGAAAGCCUUAAAACAUGUCCUUACAGUGAAAGAACUGGAUUCCUUGGUUCUUAUUGUAGGAAGCUGCCCUAAUCAGUCAUUGGAAAUGCUGGCUGACUAUGUUCAGCAAUGUAUGCUGGGGAGAAAACUACUGAUUCAUGCCGUUAUAUAUGAUUGUAGUAAUUCUGUCUCUCUUGAAGUUCUAAAGAACUUUGCAGAUGUUGUAAGAGGCCGUUAUCAUUGCUACUCUUCAAAGGGGGAGAAUUUUGAUAGUAGUGAUGUUCAUCUACUACUUCAGGAAUACCAGAAGGCUAAGGACUUAAUCAACAGCAUCAAACAGACUUUUCAGAGACGAAUCGGUGGCUCACUUACUAGUAGAAUAGCAGAUGUUUCCACAAAAUGUGCAAAUACAACACCUUCCAACUUCCUUCCAAAGCAUGAAGGACCAUUAGUUAUUCAAAUAUCAAGCUUCCCAGCUAAAACCUCAAGAGAGUGGUUAAAGACAAAUGGAUUGAAAGCUAAGAAGUUAAACCUUUAUCAGAUUUUGGCUCCUAAUGCUUUCUCUCCUGUGGAAGAAUUUGUACCUAUUCUUCAAAAAACAGUAUCCUCAACUGUACUUGAGAAAGCCAUGAUGCGGUUUGAAUGGCAUGAUGGAACGGUGAAAAAUAUCCAUGUUGACCCACCAAUAUUAUACAACUAUCAAAAACUCCUUGGUAAAAUGGUAAGACUCUAUGAGAGACGAAUUGACUGGCUGUCUGUUGCUAGCAGAAGAAUAUGGGGAAGUGUUUGUGAGAGGAGGGUGGUUAUACUUGUUGAUAUAUCAGUGACAAACUCUGCGUACAUCAUCCAUAUUCAACAUUCUUUGCGACUUUUGCUUGAGGAACAAAUGUCAGAUAAGGAUUACUUCAAUAUUAUAGCCUUUGGGAAUGACAUUGUGCCUUGGCAGCCAGAACUGGUUCCUUCCCAACCAGAAAACUUACAAAAUGCUUGGAGGUGGAUAUUGAGCUUGCAGUGCAAAGGGAGUAGAAAUUUCAUGAGUGCUCUCAGAAGAGCUGUGGAAGUAGACUUCAAAGACAAAGAUAAACACAAAUCACAAGGAAUGUACCUGCUUACUACUGGAAUACCUGAUCAGGAAACACACACAGUUAGCGCUUAUGUGGCUGAGACUUGCGGAGGCUGUGAUUUGCAACUUCAUGUCUGUCUGUUCAGUGUAAUGGAGGAUGUUGACUCCAGUGGCAUUAUUCCAGCUCGCUAUGCUAAUCCAACCGAAACUGCCAUUGCUUUUAAAGAGAUAAUACAGGCAGCUAAUGGAAGAUUUCAUUGCUUUGGAGAAGCAGGUAUCUUUGAAAGUGAUGAUAUCAACAUUAUUGUGUCUGAAAUGGAAAAAGCAAUCAACUACUCCCAAAAGUGUGCACUGCUAGUGAAAUCCUUAAAGCAACGUUCAGGAAAUCAGCCUGUUAAUCCGUUUGUACCAGAAACAGACUCAAAGAUGCUUGUGAAGAAAGAGAAAAGAAGGCCACAGAAAUUGCCAUCUCCAAAACCCACAGCUCUGAGUCUGGCUAGAAUGUUUAUUAAAGACAACUACGGUGAAGAGAGAAAUGCUGGCAUAAGAGUGUUGAAAUGGCGUCCUACUAGUACGAAAGCAGAAAUUCCACCAGCACAAACAGUAAAAGAAUGGCCUCGGACUGGGAAUAAAAGACAACGUAAAUCAAGGAAACAGACAGAGUUCUCUCUGUCAGUAUUUUAUACUGAUAAAGGAAGAAAUGUGGGUGCAGUGUACCAAAAGUAUCCAGAGACAAUGAAUGUAAGGAAGUCUGUUCCUUCUGUUACGUUGCCAAAAAAAGAGGAAAUUUGUUCAAGCAAACAGUGGCUGGCCAAGUACAGUAUUAAAAAGCUUAAACUGGAAUUGCCCAGACUGAUGUUCGGUCCAGACUGUACUCACCAAAAGAAAAUUGUGGAGUCUCUGCACAAGAAAGUAUCAGCAAAAUAUUGCGCUAUCUUCCCUAGCGUAGAAAUCAAUGGGGUUGUGAAACAUCUGCAGUUUCAGCCUAAAGAAUUGGAAAGCUAUGCUGAACAAAUAAAGAAGGUGUUGCAGCGCUAUAUACAGAGAAUACAGUGGCUUCUGUCAGGAAGCCGAAGAUUGUUUGGUACCAUUCUGGAAGCUAAUGUCUGUGUUUUGAUUGAUACGUCUGGUUCCAUGGAGCCUUAUUUGCCACAUGUCACAAAAGAACUUACCUCCCUCAUCUGGGAACAACUGAGAAAAAAUGAAGUCAGGUUUAACCUGCUGAGCUUUGCAGAAAACACAGAGAGUUGGAAGGAGUAUCUUGUGGAGGCAACUGAUGAAACAUGUCAUGAUGCUGUACAGUGGCUGUCCAAAUUUCAGGCUUAUGGUAAUACAUGCAUUCUUAUGGCUUUACAGAAGGCUUUCAGUUUUCAAGAUAUAGAGGCACUGUACGUAUUGACUGAUGGAAAACCAGAUACCAGUUGCAGUCUCAUUUUAAAAGACAUUGAAAGAUUGAGAGAGAAACAAGACAUUAAAAUCCACACCAUUUCUUUUAGCUGUACAGACAGGGAUCUUUGCACAGUUCAGAGCUGGGAACCCUGGAGCAACAUCAGAAAAAGAGCUAAUGAAUUUCUGAAGAAGCUUGCUUCCCAAACAGGAGGGCGCUACCAUUGCUGCUUUGGAGAUGUGGAUGGACAAUUAGCAGCACACAGAAUGUUGACAGAGGGGCUUGAUGAUGAUGAUCAUCCAGUUUUCCCUUACUUUGAAGGAGAUGACUUAAAGAAACUUGCUCAAGAAGUAGCAAAAGCCAGAAGUUUUUUAAAGCAGGCAAAGUCUUUGAAGUUAUUGAUAGAAAAAUGGAAUGUAAAUCAGAAGGACAAUUCUGUCUUUAAAAAAAGUGCUCAGGUAAACAGUCACCCUAAGUAGAUCAUAGUUGAUAUAUGUCAAUAUAAGGGUAAUAUUUCAUAAGCUUUGUGUAAAUAAGUAUUAAUUUACAGAAGUGACUUUUUCUGAAGUUGAAAACGUUGUAAUGAUUGUAGUGUUUAGCCUAGCUAGUUCCCUGUCCAACCUAACAUACACAAAGAACAGUUCAAAGAGAACUGUGCGGUUUGGGCUAGGCAGAUGCGUGUUUGUAUUUAUGAAUGAUUUUGUUCUUUUCAAGAGCAACCUGACAAGCACAUUAGAGGGUUAGGACCAGAUGUAAUGGCUGUAAUAAUUGCUGCAUGGCAUGCAUGAUUUACUCAGUUAAAUGAACAGAGCUGAUUGGAAAGAGACCCCGUUAACAGUAAAUGCAUGGUCUGCAAAUGCUGGACUGUUGUUACAAGACAGUGGUAGACACAACUGGACAAACGAAACCUCUCAGAGAGCCAAACCGCUGCUCUUAAGUUAGCAAAGCAAAAAUUACAGGAAAAGAUAAGUUGCUGGGUGAAAACACAGUAGCACUUUCUCAGGGGAAAUGAGAAAGGCAAGAGUUGACAGAAGUAGUUGUCACAGAGCUGUUUGAGGGGAAAAAUGGAUGCGCAGGCAACUGCAGUAGCCACUAGAGAACUUAAGCCUACCGAGAUGUUCAUCACAGAAUUAGGUAAGGCAGAUAUAUAGUGGGACUGUUUUAAAAUUCUCGUUUCUAUACCUGUAGUUUGUGUUUUGGCUUUGGUAUAGUUUGUGUUUUGGUUUACAAACGUUGCCCAGUCGUUCAAAGAGAAGAAAAAAAUCCUGUCAGACCCACUCAGUAAACAAUACCUGCCUCACGGAGAACAGAAUCUGGUGCUUGGUCAAAUAUGUGCAGAAUUCAGCGUAUGGCACUAAUGGCUAAAGAUAAAGACUUUUAGAGAUAACAGUUGUAUAACUAUCCUGUAAUAGCAAGAAAGUUGAUACAGGCAAGUAGAGACAGAGGCUAGCGUUCCACGUCUACCUCAGUAUUCCAUGCCUCCAAGGUCAACUGUAUUGCUUGUAAAAUAGGAAGACAUUCCUUUUAAUGUACUUCAAAACGUGCAUGACAUUGUAGCACAGUUAAGCACAUAAGUCAGGAAAAUUGCAAGUUACUCAAUUUAUACUGUUUUUCCCAGUGUCAUUUUUAUCAAGUGUGAUGGUAAGCCUUUGUGGUUCAUAGAUUUUGAUAUGUAUUUAAAAACCUAUUCAUGUGCUUGACUUGUAGGAUUAAAUUUUAGACCAACAAAGGGCGCUGAAGAGGUUUGCAGCGAUACCGCUAACCUGCUUUGUUUCAAUACGUGCUUAAAGCUUCCAGCUUCAAGUGGAAAGAGGGGAAGAUGUACUAUUUGUUGUCUCUGACCUUCUGGCAAGAGGAGAGGUUACAGAUGACAAGUACUGCUAACUUAUUCCACUUGCAGACUUUGCAGAUCUCAAGCCAUGCAUUCUCCAAAGUUUAAACAUAAGUAGAGGAUAGUUGUCAAUAUAGGUAAUACAUAUUAUAGAAAAUGAGUGAAUUUCUGAUACAAUAAGUAGCUGUACAGGAUUACAAUUCUUUGUUUCUCUUGAGACUAGGAAAAACUAUUGUACUGCAUCGUACUAAGAAUUGCUUUGGUCAGUUGGCAGUACGUCCAAGAUGUCUUUUUGGCAGCUAGUUUGAGAUUUGAUUGCUGGUGCUUAUUAUCCCCAACCAUGAGACAGAUGGCCGUGAUACUAGAAAGAGAACGCUUUAUGCCAGUUUUGAAUAGAAAAUCAAAAAAAAUCCAAGUUUGCUAAUAAUUAUUUCCAAUCUUUGCUUUUUAUGUUGUCAGUAGUGAAGGAUUUAAGAGUGGAUGAUUCGGAAAUCAGCAGACAUGCGAGCAAGUAAUAACCAGGCUCUAUCAGCAACAAGUUUGUAUAAGCAGACUGUGCUAGCCUCAGAAAUUCUGUUAAGUUCUUACAUAAGGGUUUCAUAUCCUAUAAAGACUAAAAAUGUGUUUGCCAGAAACUUUUAAGAAAAUCUAGUUUAAAUUAAUUGCAAUAUUCUGAGGCCCAUAUUUUUCAGUUGAUUUAUGACAUAUGCAUUUUUUAAUGAGGAACUCAGUGAUGACAGCUCAUUAGUAUUUUGUAGGUGUUUACUAGUUAGGUCUUUAAGGGGAUUAGGAUUUCAUCCCAAAGGUUUACAUAUAUAAUGCUUAAGAAAAAUAGGUUCAGACUACAAAAUUGACAUACUUGAUCUGAGUUUACUCAGGAGUCAUUCUCACUGCUGAAUCUAAGCUGAUGGAAAUGAUUGGAUAUACUUUGAUCUGGAAGAUAUUCUCUUUUCCUCCAUUUUUCCUCUGCAAAGAGUUAAAAAUUAUUUCCAUCAUAAAAGUCUCUGUGGUGUUAUAUGCUCUGCACUAGCUUACUCCUGCGUUCCAUGUUAGUACCAGCCCACUGUAUAAUACUGCAGUUAACAAAGGUCCUUUGUGCUAAGCAUCACUUUAUGUGAUUUGUUAGUGCGUGUGUUGGUAUAACUUAUGAGAUGCUUUGAUAUGAAAAUGUUAAUUAGGAAUUAGUAGGAUUAGUUUUUUUUUUUUUUUUUAACUGGGAGUAUAUAAAUAUUAGAUGAUCAUUGGUAAAACAAAUGCAUUUGUACUAAUGGAAAUGUUAAACAAUAGUUCCAGGCACAAGAGACAGGGUUUCUGUAUUGCCAGGAAGAGAGACUCAUUUAUUCCUCAGAGGUUUUAAGAAAUGCUACAAUAUUAUAGCAUGGUUUCUAAUUUUUCUUAUAAAGGUCCUUUUAAAAAAGACUUCAAAAGGAAAUAUACUCAUGCAAGUACCUUAAAUGAUAUCAGAGACUCUUUGUGAAGUAAGAUAGUGAUGUAAAUGUUAGAUUUUGCAAAUGGGGAUAAGCAGCAAAAUGUUUCAGUGUGGUGUGUUAAACUGAUCUGGCAGACUAUUUGAGUUUCAUAGAUUUUACUCCUUGAAAACAACUUCCCUGAGUGACAACUCAGUUUACAAAAUUCCUCUAUAGACUGAUUGUCAAUGGAUCUAUGUAAUCCUAAAUUCACCGCAACCUGCGCUAACACUUAUCUAUAUGGACGGUUGUUCAUUUUUGUUUAAAGUAGUCGUUUGCUCCUGUGGAUAAGGGAAAGUAAGUUUGUAGCUCUGGGUCUCUUGAGCGUGCUCCCAGGCUCACAGUGUAGACUUGAAGUAGGUAUUAGGAAUUCAGGAGUCUGCUACUUGCUGGUGGAGUAAGCUGGCAGUUUCUAAUUCUCUAUUCAAGAAAAACACAACAGAAAAGUAAGGAAUAAAUGUUUACCCUAGGAUUUGUGUAACCACAGAAACUUUAAAACAAUGAGGUAUUACAGUAUUUAGCCGUUUCAUCCCUCCAAUUUCACUUUUUUUUUUUUUUAAAGUGUUCUCAGGCUGUGCUUCUCUUGUCCGUGCUUCUGAAGCCUUGUUAUCUUGCUAGUCGGUCAGUCUCGCUGUCUACUCAGAGCAUCUGCUUCCUCUUAAGUAUAGUUUCUGUCUCCUGCCUAUUACCUAUCUGGAAAAUCUUGUCCUACCUGCUCUCAUCAAUUUGAGGAUUGUUUGGUCAGAAAAACAUUUUAAAGAGGUGGAUCUCUAGUGGUGACCUGAUUGAGUGAGUGCUCUGUUAAUGAUUUUUCUAUGUUGAUCUCAUAUAUGUUAUUUGCCUUCCCAGUUUAUGCUUCCUGGAAUGCAAUUCAUUGUAUUUAAGACAUAAUAAAAGCGGAGUUUUAUAAUUGACAAAGAUGUAUAUAUUUUUUCUGCCAAUUUGUUUGUAAGUCAUGUCAUUGCUGUGACUCACUGAAUAUCUCGAUUUGCAUACAAUGGAUUAAAGACAAACAGCUAAACCAGUUACUGCCUUCAAGUAUGUGCCCUAUCCCCUAUCAGAAGAUUGCAGGUUUUGCAGCAGGGGUGGGUAACCUCUGUGUGAAACAGCUCAUAUACUGCCAUAAUUUAGAGCUUCCCAUUGUUGUGCUACAAUAAACUAGUACAGAUGUUCAUAUUAGCUUAGUAUGUUGGACUGGCAUUUCAGGAACUCUUGUGCAUGGUUCAGCCUUACCUGCUUCAGGGAAAAACAGCCUUCAGAAGAAGGGAGGGAUAGCUGGGGACGGUAACAAAUUCCUCCACCUAUAUAUGUCUGUAUCUGUAAGUCAACACCUGAAGCCUCCCACAACAUUGAAAGUGCAUGCUGCUUCUAAGGAGGAAAUCACCAGUACAAGUGUGCUAAGUUCUGUCCUUUGGAAUUGUAAUUGUCCAGUAAAAAUUUCUUUGUGCUUUAUAAGUACAUUAUCUGUUAUUGGUAUUCAUCUAGAUUUGAAACGACAGAAUUCCAAGCUUUAAGCACUUAAAGAUGUUAAUUCGAGAAUACAAUUAAAUCACAAGAAUUUUCAUUGAUUCAUUUUAAUACAUCUCAACCAGUUAGAUGUGUGCAGGGUACUUUCCAUUCCAUCAAACUUCAGUACUCUGCAAAAACCAUCUCAGACAGAAGUUUAUUAGAUGCUUUCUGAAUGCUUAAAAAGGAAAAUCUAAUUCCAGAAUCCUGAUAGCAUCAUAAAAUACCCUAUUCCUUCCCUGUCUCUGUUGUAAUAAAGAGAAUCUAGCUUUUAGGUAACUAUACUGAACGCAGUAGUGAUAGUACAGUGCAAGAAGACUGAUAGUUCCUGUCUCAUAUCAUGUGAGGCUUCAUCAGUUAGACUCUUCAAUUCUACCCAGAGAUUGGCAAAUAAGUUAGGCAGACCCUGUAAAACAAAAGUUUAUAUGCUCUGAGAUACAGGCUGCUUCCAUCGUCGUGGCCAAAUUCAAUGUGACACUGAGGC